UAGAAAUCCAUAGAAAGGAGGCGAAGCCCUGCUGGAGCUCGACAAUGAGCUUUCACCAUCAAUGGAUAUAUCAUUGGUAAUGUCUUCCUAUUAUUCUAUGCAUGGCUAAACUUGAAAUUGUUUAGGUAGUGACUCUUUGAUUCUUUAUAUACUAUUUUCUAUGAUUCAAUGAUAUGCCUAUUGUGUUUAAUGUCUUUACCAUUGAUGCUUGAAUUAAUUUAUGCAUUUAUCAUCUAUUGCUCAUUCAUUUGAUGCUUUAGUUAUUGUUUACUUGAGUAGUUUUGUGCGGGUGACUCUAAUUGUAUGCUACUAUAUCACCAUGCUUACUAUUAUCUAGGUUGUCAAGAAAUUACCAUCUAGUGAUAUCCCAUCAAUGCUAGCAUCAAAGAUGAAGAGCUAGAGAAAAUACUAGAAGAUUUCCAUAUAAUUGAGGAGCCUCCCAAAGCCUAUAAAGGAAGUUCCAAUGAAGUGCGUAAAGGGUUUGAAGAGAUCAAUGUGCAAGAAGGGCUUAUGAAUCAUAAAGAUUCCAUGGACCAUGAAAAAAGGGUAGAAAAUCUCAAUGCUAACAAAGAGAAAGAUAGAGAGAUUGUGGAGCAUGGAAAGGAGGAUCAACAUGAGGCGAACGAAUUUGAGGAGGAGGAAGAAGAAGACGAGUUUAUUACUCAAUCUUUGAAAGAAGAAGGCAAGAGACCCUCUCAAGAAUAUGCAAUGGACGAAAAAGCUACUCCCAACUCAAUGAAAACAUCUUACAAGCAGAGCCGUCCCAUGAUAUUUAGAGGCCCUGUUCGAAAAUUUAACAUGUGACCCCUAAUUUUUUUCUCAAUAAAUUUAUUAAAAAUAAAAUUUAUUAAAUAAUUAUAAAGUAAAUAAGUUCAGAAAAUGAUUUCAAAAUGAAUAAACAAUCUCACUUCCUGUUUGACCAAGAAACCAAGACCAAAUUCUCACUCCUAGCAGGGAGGAAGAAAAGUAAAUCUGGAGGGAACAGAAAAUGGAUAUAGAGAAAAAAUUUGAAUGGGGAAAUGAAAAUAAUAUAAAUUGAUCGAGAGGUGGGUGCGGGUCUAUCUAAUGGAUCGUGUAGGCCGUAUUCCAAAAUUGAGACAUGAUCCAAAUUGACUUUUAACUAUAAUAAAACUAAAAUGAUUAUAAUACCAUUAUUCAAAAUGUUAUAUCUUUCUUUAUUGUUUAAAUUAAAAUUAUCUAUUAUCUCUCUGAUUCUCGUAUUCUCCAUGAGAUCCUUUUCAAUUGUUAUUAUAGCUAAAAUUAUCUAUUAAAUUCAUCAUCAUAUUCAUAAUCUAUCAAUCAUACACUAAAAAACAACCUGCAAUAUUCGAUCGGUAACUAACGAAUCUAAGUGGAGGCCCCUAAUAUUUGGAGGCCCAAAAAACAACCUGCAAUAUUUGAUCGGUAACUAACGAAUCUAAGUGGAGGCCCCUAAUAUUCGGAGGUCCUGUGCUGGAGGGCGGGCCGGCACACCCUCUAGGCCGGCCCUGCUUACAAACCAUGUAGAUCAUGAUCAAUCAUCUUCAACCUUUCCAAGAAGGGAAAGAUAAUCAACCUAUCAAAGAACCUCAAGAAGCAUAUCAUAAGAAGACCAAAGAAAUUUAUGUUGAAGAUGAUGAUCUUAAACUUAUGAAGAAGGAGAGGAUGCAAUAGAUCCCCAAGGAGCAACAAUGGAGGAAGAAGGAUGCAACAUUGACCAACGUAUACUAAUCCAAACCUUUUUGGAUUCGUGGAAAGAUGUUGAGGGCUUCACACCACAUGAAGGAUUUGAACACUUUCUACGCCUUCUUCAAUUUGAAUCAAGAAGUACUCCACCUACCAAGGGUUCCACCAUUGAAAAAAUCCAAGAGGAAGAGUUUAAGCACGAUGACCCCCCUGCACCUUUGAUCCAAAGUUCAACAAAACCCCUUUGGAACCGAGCCUUGAAGAAGACAUCGUGGAGGAGAAUUCAAACAAGGCUGAUCAAACUCAAAUGGAUGAAUAAAGAGAGGAGCCACUAGAGGAGCAACCAUCUAAACCUAUCUAACUAAAGGAUGAGCUUCAAGAGGAUCCCCCUAUAAGAAAUGUUCACGACCAGAUUAAAAUGUAAUCCAACUU